AUGGGUGAUGUAACGUGCCCAAUAUGUGCAGUUGAGACUGAGGAGAACAUGCAUGUUUUUGUUAGAUGCAAUUAUGCUCAAGAAGUAUGGGGCGCAGCAAAUAUACCUCUACCUCCUCCAAGUAUUAUCGAGUUUAAAGACUGGCUACUAUACUUGGUGAAUAAUGUUGGGAAGGAGACGUUUGCAAAGGCCAUGAUGCUCAUUUGGGGUAUUUGGAAGAAUAGAAAUACGCAGGUGUGGGAAGGGAGCAAACAACAUCCACAUGAUGUGGUGUUGAUGACCAUGGGAUGGUUGGAAGACUUUAUGAAAGCAAACAGUAGUGAGCAACAAAGAUCUGCAAGAAGUAGAGGCUGGACAAAGCCACCACCAGAGGGGUGGCUAAAAUGCAAUAUUGAUGGGGCUUUCAAAGCACAAUCGGGGCAGAAUGGAGCGGGUAUAGUGUUUCGAGACUCAAGGGGGCAGUUUAGAGCAGCCUCGGCUCGACAUUUACUGAACAUUACCACGCCUUUCCACCCGGAGUUGCAGGCCAUGUCGGAGGCAAUAAAAAUGGCCACCGAUUUGAGCUAUAACCGGGUUAUUUUUGAAACUGAUUGUUCUAUGCUAGCAGCUGCACUGAAACAAGAAGAAGGCAAAUUUUCUAUGCAUAGUUUUCUGAUUGAGGAUGUGAAAGAGCUCCUGCGCUCUCAGGUAGAGUUCCAAGUCAACUUUGCUUCACGUGAGGCGAACUAG